AUGCCUCGCAAAGACGUCGAGUUCAAAUCCAACGACGGCGUAACUCUCCGCGGUUGGUUCUACACUCCAGAAUCCAGCACCGCAUCCAAGCUGCCCUGUAUCAUCCUCAUCAAUGGCUUCGCCGCCCUCAAGGACUUCGGGCUCGAUGAAGUUUGCGAGAGAUUUGUAGCUAACCUUCCUAUUGCCGCGUUGGUUUACGAUCACCGCUCUUGGGGGUCGAGUGACACAGCACCAGGUCAGCCGCGUCAAGAAAUCAUUCCUGCGUUCCAGAUGUCCGAUCUCCAAGACGCUGUUACCUACGUACACACCUUGGAAGAAAUCGACGAGAACAAGAUCGGUAUCUGGGGGAGCUCUUUCGCUGCUGGUUUGGUCUUGCAGGUCGCCGCCACGGACAAGCGCGUGAAAGCUGUGAUCGGCCAGGUACCUGUCACGGAUGCGGCGUCAGCUUUUGCACGUCUAAUGAAGCCAUCCGAUCACGCGAUGAUGAGCAUGCUAUUCCAAGGCGACCGUGUAGGUCGAGCUACCGGUCAGCCUCCAGCCAGGCUAUCAGUUGCGAGCAAAGACCCAGCGGUACCAGCGUGCCUGACAAUGGAUGAGGCCGUCGACUACUACACGGGACACGCAGCCAAGGUGCCCGAUCUCUGGACGAACGACGUUACCUUCCGCAGCGUGGAAUACGGUCGAGCAUACAACGGUUCCCACCUCAUCGACCGUAUCUCUCCCAUGCCAUUACUCCUCGUCGUCGCGAAACACGACUACGGAGGACCGACGGAUCUGGCUUUGAGCGCAUACAAUCGUGCGCUCGAGCCUAAGAAGCUGACGCUGCUGGACUGUUCGCAUUUCCAGAUAUACUCCGGCGAGUAUUUUGAGAAGAGCAUGGAAAGCCAGAUCGCGUUCCUGAAGGAGACGCUUUGUGCUUAG